AGUGGGACUCUCCUUGGCUCCCUCUCCUUGCCUGCCCCUCCUCUGGGGGAUCACAGAGCAACAGUCAGCUGAGCUCCUGUGUCCAGAGAAAGCCCUCUCAGUGUUGAUCAAACAGAAUGGUUUUUCUGUGACAGGCAGUGCUGAAAUGAAGGGGUCUGGAGUUCUGGAUCAGCUGGAGAAUGCUGUGCUCUCUUGAACUGGGAAAGGGGUGGGUUCUUGGUGAGAUGUUGUGCAAUGACUGUCCUGCUGUGGAAAAGGAAGUAUUUUAAAUGUUUUUUACCAUUGUGAAGGGAUGGGACUGGGUCAAAGAGAAAGGCGACUGUCUUCCUAAGCAAUGUGUCCCUACACUGUUUCCCUGGGUUCCAACUGGCUCUGAUCUUGCAGAUGCUGUUGUCCCAGCCUUGAACCCACCAUGCCCAUUAUCUCUGGAACCAACAACCAGGACUUUAGCAACCUGAGCCUGAGCGACGACAGCAGCCUCAACCAGAUAAUCACCAGCACUCCGGAGAGCCAAACCAUCAAGGGGGUCUACUACAAAAGAGCCCAGAGAAUAUACAACCAGGACCAGCUGUACACCGUCGACCAGAAGAACCAGAUCCUCAUCAACGUGGGGGGCAACAGAUACACCAUCCCCUGGAGCACCUUGGACGAGUUCCCACUUACAAGACUGGGGAGGCUGAAGUUCUGCAGCAGCUACGAAGAGAUCAUCCAAGUGUGCGACGACUAUGACGAGAAAGCCAACGAGUUCUUCUUCGACCGGAGCCCCUCUGCCUUCAGGAUCAUUUUGAACUUCCUGGCAGCCGGGAAGCUGCGACUCUUGCGGGAGAUGUGUGCCUUGUCCUUCCAUGAGGAGAUGACCUACUGGGGCCUGGAGGUGACCAACAUGGAGCGCUGCUGCAAGAGGAAGCUCUACACAAGGCUGGAGGACGUGGCUGGGAUCCAGAGAAAGGAGGAGGCUCGCAGGUACAAGAAGAAGGAGCACGUCCUGGUGGAAUCCACCAGAUCUGGGAUUUAUAUGAGCAAGCUGAGGAACAUGGUGGAGAACCCUCAGUCUGGUCUCCCGGGGAAGGUGUUUGCUUGUCUUUCCAUCUUUUUUGUAGCCACCACGGUUAUAAGCCUUUGCAUCAGCACCAUGCCGGACUUCAGAGAAGAGGAGGAGAGGGGUGAAUGUUCUCAGAAGUGCUUCUACAUGUUCAUUGUGGAGACGGUCUGUGUGGGCUGGUUCUCCCUGGAAUUUGUUCUCCGCUUCAUUCAGGCCAGGAGCAAACUGGAUUUCAUCCAAGGGCCGCUGAACAUCAUCGACGGCAUGGCCAUCCUGCCCUACUAUGUCUCCCUGAUAGUGGGGGAUGAGCAGGAGACCAAGGACAGGCCAGGAGGAAAGGGCUACCUGGAGAAGGUGAGUCUGGUGCUGAGACUCCUUCGGGGGCUGAGGAUUUUGUAUGUCAUGAGGCUGGCCCGACACUCCCUGGGGCUACAGACCCUGGGCCUGACCGUGAGGCGCAGCAUAAGGGAAUUCGGGCUGCUGCUGCUCUUCCUAUGUGUGGCCGUCACUCUCUACUCCCCCUUGGUGUUCCUGGCAGAGAGCGAGAUAACAAAGGGACAGGACUUCACCAGCAUCCCGGCUUCCUAUUGGUGGGCUAUCAUCUCCAUGACGACGGUUGGCUACGGGGACAUGGUGCCAAGGAGUAUUCCGGGCCAGGUGGUGGCGCUAAGCAGCAUUUUGAGUGGGAUUUUAAUCAUGGCAUUUCCUGCCACCUCUAUCUUCCACAUGUUCUCCAGAUCAUACAUGGACCUGAAGGUGGAGCAGGAGAGGUUAUUGAAGGAGGAGAGACGAGAGGCUGGGAACAAAACGUUUAAUGAUGCAGAUAGUUUUGAGUCUGAGGAAUCAGACUCCCUGGUGGAAUACAGCAGUAUUGGAAAACAAUAAUGAAUAGGAACUUGCUUUGUAAGGGGAACAGUUAAAAAAGCUGGCCCUAAACUGUGUAUAAGGAUUUUUAUAUUGAGAAUCACAUUACAAGAUGUAACUCAUACCAUAUUGGAGGAACAUUAUCUGAAAUAUAUGAUAGUUUAUAAUAAUAUUCAUAGAAAAAAAAUAAGCUCAACCAUUAAAUCCAGCUAAGAUGUAUUCAGAUAUAUAGUUUAAUAUGGUCUGUUAAUAAAAGAUAGCCUUAACAUAUCCAGCUGAUUUAAAAACCUUAUGAGACCACCUGUGAAAUAUUCCACUGUGAGUUUAAAAUAUAAUGUUUGCUGAAAUGAACCAUUAAUUUUCCAUAGCAGUCUUUUAACUUGAAUCUGUUCUACACCUAUUGCUUUCUUGAGUCUUGCAAUAAAGAAUGUACAUUAGCCAGAAAUCAAAUGUUUCUGCCACUUGAUAAUGAAAUUGUUUGCUGUGAAUUCAAGGCAGUCAAGACAUAUAUGCAACACCCCCAACAGAGAUAGUGGUCACCAUAGGGUGAAAGUAGCAGAGCUACCUGGAAUCGAGGUACUAUAUUUGUAAGAGUAAAACUACUUUCCGAAGAUUUUUCAUGUCCUCUUACCUGGUUUAUUCUGUAAUUUCCUUGUUCUUAGUAGCCAUAGGCCUAUAAUAAAGGGGAGAUGAACCAAAGGUUCAGAGCAAUCUUAAGCACAGCUCCACCGAUUUUUUCCUGAAACAUAUUUCAGUCCAUGGUUUGGGUAGAAAUAGGUUUAGCUUGUCCAGUGUUGACAUUUUCUUUGUACUGGGCCACUGUAACCAUAUCUGAAUUUUCAGCAUUUUUCACAGAAUUUACAUGGACUAUCACGUAAACUAAUGGGCUAUUUUUAUUUUGAGUGGUUGUGAUUUUCUCUGUCAGAAACCUACAUGGUACUUCAACCACAUCUGUGUUUUGACUCAUCUUCAAACAAAAGAGUCUGUGGGAUUGUAGGAUGCAAACGAAGGUUUCAUACAGUAUUUGCAGGAAAGGAAAGGAUUAGUUAGCGAAACUAUAUUUUUAAUACAAACCAAUAUUGUUCUGUAAACCUCCACAUUAAAACAAGUUUUAUUUUCUCUCAAACAUUUAAGAACAUAUCUAUAGCUCUCCAUGCACACAGGGAUGACUUUCUGUGGGAAUCUAUGUAUUUAAAUACAAAAAUAAAAUACAAAAUCUGGUGAUAUGAAUUCUCUACAGAGGUAAAGUGGAAGAUUUCUGCGGGUUCUACUUUCUCUGUGUUGUUGAAUAGCUGCACACGGCUCUAACGCAACUUAUAUAGUGAUUCACCCCAUAUAAACCUGUAAGCAUUGCAGAACAGAGGAUUUUCAUUAUUUUUGUCUAGCUGUGUAGGAGGCUGUGUGGUCCAGUGGUUAAAGAAACAGGCUUAUAAUCAGGAGGUCCCUGGUUCAAAUCCCACCUCAGCCACUGACUCAUUGUGUGACUCUGAACAAGUCACUUAACCUCCUUGUGCUCCGUCUUUCAAUUGAGACAUAUUUGUAAGUGACUCUGCAGCUGCGCCUUGGAUAAAGGUGUCUGCUAAAUAAACUAAUAAUAAUAACAUGUGCCCUGUUAUUGGUAAAAUAAUGGAUCAUUUCAUUGGUAAUAUAUAUAUAUAUUUUUGGUAAAAGUAAAAUAAAGGUUAACCUGAACUUUUGAAAAAGCAUUUGAAUGUUACAGUGGUUAAUGUGCACUUUGAAAGAUAGUAUUCCUGAAAAAUCAAUGGCCCCCUGCCGAUUCUGCAUGCGCAAUAGAGGGCAUUGGACUGGCGAGACUUCAAUAAUAAUAAUAAAAAAAGGUCAAUAGAGCUCACUUACCAUGAAAGUAAUUGGUUUAGAUCAAAAUGAACUAGAACAGAAUGUGCUGGAAAAACAACAACCCUUCCUAGAAGAUCUGCAAUGACAACGCAGACAGACAGUGGCACUGCAAUGACAACGCAGACAGACAGUGGCACUGCAAUGACAACGCAGACAGACAGUGGCACUGCAAUGACAACGCAGACAGACAGUGGCACUACAAUGACAACGCAGACAGACAGUGGCACUGCAAUGGCAAAGCAAUGGUUCUGUGCUAAGAGACAAGGGCAGCUGUGACUUGUUUGGGGGAAAACAAAUGUUAUACAAAUUAUAUUCUCUUCUGUCUUUAGGAAAUAGCAUAAUUGAAAACUAUUAGUUGCCAAGCUGCCUUUUUGCCAAGAUAAAUGGACAUGCAUUUGAAAUUAUCUUACCCCAAAAAUAUGAAGUCCUAAACUUUUGUUAUUUGGCCUGGGUUCCAGAUAGUCUUGGAAGUGAAAAUCAGAAUUGGAUGAUCAUCACUGUUGUUUAUGAUUACAAAAUUUAACCCCAAACUCCUGUUGAAAUAUGUAAUGCUGAAAUAUGUAAUAAUAUAUGUAAUGUUGAAGUGGUUAUGAAUCUGAAUAUGAAUUUGGUUUCAGACUCAGCCCUAGUUCUGAAUGUAUUGUUCCACUUAAAAUAUCUUUUUCAUCACCAUUGUUCAAUUUUUUGCUCUCAUCUGAUUGCCUGGGGCAUACAGUUGCAAAUACUCACAAAUAAAUUCCCUGUGGUGAUGGGAUCAAUACAA